UCAAACCGCCCCAGUGGGAAUCCUUCCACGUGCCGCUUCCCCCUCCGCUGCCUCCGCUGCCCUUCGCCCCUCGUGGUCCUCAGCCGCACCGCCGCCUCCCUCCUGCCCAGCCGCCUCCUCCUGCCCAGCUGCCGCCCUCCGCUGCCCGCUGCUGCCACUCUUGACCCCCCCCCCCCCCCGCCGGCAUGGGCUGCGACCCUGGUGUGGACGUGAGAUGCUGCGUGAAAUGGACUCUCUUCGUCUUCAACCUCGUCUUCUGGGUUGUCGGGGCGUCGCUGGUUGCAGUCGGAGUGUAUGCACGGACGGAGAAACGAGCCGCUGGCUCCGUGGGCUCCCUGGUGGGGGACCCGGCCGUGCUGCUCCUCGUGGUGGGGGCUCUCACCUUCCUGCUCGCGUUCUGCGGCUGCGUGGGGGCGCUCAGGGAGAACACGUGCCUCCUGUACACGUUCACAGGGACACUCUGUGUGGUGUUCACGGCUCAGCUCGCCGCAGGGGUCAUCGCCUUCAUCUUUAAGACCAAGGUCGGUGCGAGCGCGCGUCACCGAGCUGGUGCACGCCGCCAUCCAGGAGUACCGGGGAGACCACGACCUGCAGAACGCCAUCGACUACAUGCAGAGAGAGUUCCUGUGCUGUGGGGCUCUGAGCCGCAUGGACUGGAAUCGGAGUCGGUACUUCCAGUGCUCCGCAGACAACCCGAGCCCCGAGCGCUGUGGGGUCCCCUACUCGUGCUGCGUGCCCAUCCAGGGGGAGGUGGUGAUGAACACCAUGUGUGGCUAUGGAGCCCAGUUGUUGCCGGACGGUAGCGGUGGUGGCGACGGCGGUGGUGGCAUCGGUGGUGGUGGCAGCGGUGUUGUGGCCAGAGCCCCGGUGUUUACCGAGGGGUGCCUGGGCCGCGUGGAGCGGUGGGUCGACUCCAACCUCCUGCUGCUGCUGGGCCUCGCGUUCGGUCUCGCUGUGCUGCAGCUCAUCGGCAUCAGCCUGGCUUGCGCGCUCAUCGCCUACGUCAAGAGGCUGCAGCAACUGCAGCAGCAACAACUACAGCAGCAGCAUCUGCAGCCGCAGGAUAUGAAGCUGAUGAUGGAGCAGGGGGACUUGUAGGUGACUCGUGCAUCGCUCGUCAGGGCAGUGACGCAGCCCAGUGGUAGUGCACUCGCCGCUUGUGGGCAGAGGGUUUACACGGUUCGAAUCCAGCGGCCACCCUGGUUAAUACUCUGGGGUGGUAUUAACCAUUCACAGGAAAAACUCCACGCAAAAUAACAGCUGCGAUGGGGAUCGAACCCGGGCCCUACUUGCUUACAAUGCGACAACCUGGCACUCACAUUAAGCCAUCACCGCACCUCACCGCUACAAACGCGCUCUGUCUGCUCGAUUCCCACAGCGAACUCCAAGAUCCACCCUGAUGGCCUACCUGCACCAUCUGGCCUUAGAUUCGCAUUGUGACCCACACACUCGAACAGAGACCCAUAUAACUACCCUGACAGUCUCCCACACCGAAAGACUCAUAUAGGAACCUAUAGAGAGACCCACAGGCUUGCUUUGCAUGUAUAGCAGAUAUCCUGUACGUUGCGAUCAUAGUCCCCUCCUGCGAACCAUUUGGCAGAACCCUCCUGAAACUGUCUUGAGUAUCGGUGAGGCUGUGCUGGGUAAACGAGGGUGAUAAUAAUUGAGUGUAAAGUUUAUUUGAUUCGUUACACGGAUGAUCCCGUUUCGCCAGUUGCCCAGGUAUGUUGCACGGGUGAUCCGUGGUUCGUGAGAACAGUAGCAGGAGCAGCGAAGACAGAAGCAUCGACAUUGCAGACACGGGGGACACGGGGGAUAUUGCACCACUAACAAACGGGGCGCUUGACGGCCGCAAACGAAAGCGACAGCACACAUCAUACAAUGAGAGCAGGACGCGCCAGGCAACGCGUGAGCGACGGGUACGAGUCUGCACCGCCGCCUUUUGGUUUCGUCGCAACAUGAAGAGGGGGAGUUGAAGGGAGGGAACCGCGCUGUCGACGAGCAGCACGGGGAUUCAGAAACGUGGAACAGCGACGCGAAACGUGUCCCCAUGCUCGCGUCGUCGUCGUCGUGGCCGAGCCACUGCCGGUUCAAGUUCAAUGCGGUGUUGUCGAGCCGCGUGUGUGCGCUCUCUAAUGCAAGUGUUCCUGUUUAUCGGCGUCAUCCCCAGCAUUCACCCACCCACCCACUCACCCACCCACCCAUUUACCCAUUAGACACAGGUUACACUCUUAAUGACCUAUUACUACUUUGAUAGCGCUGUUUGUUACUGGUCAUUUUUACGUUUCGGGCCUUUGGACCUACUGUUCUCAGCAGCUGUGUAAAACUACACUCUAUAUGUGAAUAAAUAACUUUUGUUUCGAAUUAAAGCUUUCGUGACUGCA